AUGGAUCCUUGUCACAGCCCGCUGCCCGAACAUGCCCAGCGCAGCGGUAAUGUGAUGAGCGUCGGAGCCGUGAUGAGCGAUGAGAACGAAACGAGUGCUGACGCGGGUAGCGUGAGCAGCGAGACCAUCAUGAGCGCCGCAUCUGCGUCUGGCGGCGAUGAAGCUGAGCAGCCCCUGCCGCCCACGACCCUAGAAGAGAUGCCUGAGAACCUAGCUGAAUCAAGUCGCGAAAACCGACCCUCCAAACAGUCGGAUGAAGACGCAGACUAUGAGAAGCGCAUGGAAGAGUAUCGUCAACGCUACGAAGAGGAUCUGCGACGCCAUUUCCCCCAGCUGUCUAAUGAUGAUGAGGAAGACGAUGAGGAUGAUGAAGAUGACCCGCUCGACCCUUUCACGCAAUCUCUUCUCUCGGCAUGGGACCCCGAAACCGACACCAUCGACCCGCGAAUCCACAACCCCGACGACCGCGACGACCCGACCCCGCUGCCGCCACAGAUCGAGACCGACGAGCUGUACAUGGACGACUACAUCCCAACCGACUGGCAACAGGCCUACAAGCCCGGGACCUCCAUCGUCCUCGUCCCCCACAAGCCCGCCAACCCGCACGGCUACGCCGCCUACGCGACCUCGGCGAACGUCAACCCGUCCGACUGGGGUUACAAUGACUGGCUCCUGGCGCGAUCGCGCUCCGAACACGCCCUCCACCACCGGCCGACCCCGUACACUUCCAUGACCGAGAAACAGCGCAGAACCGCCGGCCUGCCCCCUCCCUUCGAAAGGGACUACUCCGAACACCCAACCGAGCCCCAAGCUUCGGUCUCCCUCAAGCUGGUGAAGUUCCUCUCAGGCGGGCCCUGGUCAGGCCCAGCGGUGUUCCUCUGCGAAGUCACGCAAGGCGCGCGCGCCUUCGCCAUGCCCCAGCGCGUCGUCGCAAAGUUCCAAGACCCGAUGUUCUUCCAGGCCAGCCCCCCGCCCGACCAGCUCUUCGCGGGGGUCUACCAAGAAGAGGCCAUCAGCCCCGACCACAUCCUCGUCGCCCCGGCCGCGCACGGCCGGGCCCGCGUCGCGAUGAUCCAUUACCGCGACUCGUUGGUCGACUGCAAGAAAUACGAUGAUUUCCCCCACCCGCCGCACCCCUACACCAUCUUCAAAGACGCGUACCACCUGAGUGCGCUCGAGGGAUGGUUCCCUUGCCAGUGGAUGGACAAGGACAACGAUGAGCUUGAGGAGUGGCUGAUCAAGACCUUCGACGACGACGCCUUUGGACCCUAUCACCCUCUGAAAAUCGGAACAAGUUACAGCGGUGGAGAAAGGAAAGCUGGAGAAGUGGUCUGA